CAUCAGCUAGCUGACUGGCUAGCAAGUAGCUUGCUUGCUUCGCACAGGUGUCGCUGGAGGACCUUGGGGUGGGUGCAUUGGUGGUCUGAACGAAGCAUCGGCCAAUGUAGCAUUCACAGCAGCAGUAUUGCCCCGUUGGUCCUCUCAUGCACUCGCACUGCAUGGCUUCACCUGCAAACGUCUCCCUUCUCUUCACUUCACCCCUGGGCCACUACUCCCUCAUGCUCUGGUCACAGGCCCCACACAGACUGCCCAAUGACCGCCUGGAUUGUCCUGCCCGUCAGCCUUGCUGCCUUCUCCAUCACAGGAAUAUGGAUAGUCUAUGCCAUGGCUGUAAUGAACCACCAUGUUUGUCCUGUAGAGAACUGGACCUACAAUGUCACGUGCACUGAGGAGACAGCCAGAAGGGGUUUCCCCAAGACAUGCUGCACACUACAGGAUAUACCCCUGAUCAGCAAAUGUGGCUCAUACCCCCCAGAGAGCUGUCUCUUCAGCCUGAUUGGCAACGUGGGAGCCUUCAUGGUGGUGAUGGUCUGUAUGCUCCGCUAUGCCCAGGUGAUUGAGCACAGUCACCACUGCUGGACAAACACCAAUGCCCUGGUGUCAGGCUGUGUCAACGCCUUAGGUCUGGUCAUGGUGGGGAAUUUCCAGGUGGACCAUGCCAAGUCUUUGCACUAUGUGGGCGCGGGAGUGGCGUUCCCGGCGGGGCUACUUUUUGUGUGCCUGCAGUGUGUGCUCACCUACCGCAUCGCUGAGACCACUCUGGACUACUGGAUGGCCCAUGUGCGGGUAGCCCUCUCAGCCGGGGCCCUCGUCUCUCUCGUCCUCAGUGGCGCUUUCUUCAUCCACGAGAGCUUCGUCCUGCAGCACGCGGCCGCCAUCUGCGAGUGGGUAUUCACCGUCAUCAUCCUCGUCUACUACGGCACCUUCACCUACGAGUUUGGCACCGUCACCACCGACACCAUAAUGGCCGUCCUGGCGCAGCGCAGCAGCCUCCACCUCCACCAGCCCACCGGCGUCAUCAUGGGGGGCAUGGCCAGCAUGGGGGGUAUGGCUAGCAUGGGGGCCAUGGGCAAAAGCGCACCCAUGGGCUUCGGCGCCCACGACCUGAAGUCUCCGGGUGCUGGAAGCACCUCGGCUCACCUCACCUGUAACCCCGAAAGCACGGCCAUGCUGUAACCCGGGCAACGGCAACGGAGGUGCCGCACCACACCACAACGCUACUCGAAACCUCGACAAGAGUUUUCAGCACUGCCCACAGCGUAGCACUGCUACCUAAGGGUGUUUCUUUUUCAUGAGAAAACAAACAAACAAAAAAAAACUGGGACAGAGAAGAAUUAGAAAUAGUAGACGUAGUAGAGAUAGGCUAGUACUAUAGGAUAGUGCUUGAGACUCCCUCCCCCCCUACCUAAAGUAAUGUUGACUUUUAUCACGAACGUGCUCCCAGUUCUCAAGGCAAUAUUUUGCAGCGGAUGUGAACAUGCGUGGGGAGGGGAUCCAGCCUGUUGUCUGUUUGAAUGAAUGUCACAGGGACAAAAAAAAGAUGGGAAUUGCUGAAAAAAU